CAUCUGAUCGGCACUGUCUCCGCACGCUAUUUGCUCCGUGCUUGUUGCGCCUCACAGUCUAUGGUUGCGACGAGCUAGAAAAUUGACAUUCCCUCUUUUAAAAGUGCUUAUUUUCAUUAAAUUGCAGUUUAUGUAGUAUACGUAAGGAAUACCGACUAUGCUCACGGUUUUAUUGCCCUUCUUCCCCGUUUUGUUAAAUAAAGCUACCUGUCAGAUUAAGCUAACAGGGGUUAGCUUGUUGUUGUUAGUGAGCAGCAGGUGAACGACAUUCUGCAGAGUUUGCAGGUUUCGCGUUGACAACAUAGGAUAGUUAAUGGCAUCCCGGCAACCUUUUACUGACACGGACACUGCCGAUGAGGCGGUGAGGGCGACCUGUGACGAUGCAACGACAUGCAAAAGGUUUGCUACCAGUAAAAGUUACUGGAAGGACCCAUAUAUCCAGUAUUUUGCCAGAUCUGUAGGGGAACGGAAGGCGCCUGAAAUCAAUAGAGGUUACUACGCCCGUGUUCAAGGAGUGAACCGCCUGCUCGAUGCGUUUAUAAGGAAAGCAGAGUGUGAUUGUCAAGUAAUCAACCUAGGUGCUGGACUGGACACCACGUUUUGGAGACUAAAGGAUGAAAACCUCAUGCCAAGGAAGUUCUUUGAAGUUGACUUCCCAACAGUUGUGUCCAGAAAAAUACACAAUAUUAAGACAAAACCGCCCCUUUCCAAACCCCUCAUCGAAACCCACUCCACAGACGCCCUGCUGCUAGACGCCCACAGCCUGGAUUCAGAUCGUUACUGCAUCAUCGGAGCGGACCUCAGAGACAUCUCCAGUUUGGAUGAAAAACUGAAAAAGUUCCAGCUCAAUCCAGAAUUACCCACAUUGCUCCUCUCAGAGUGUGUGCUGGUCUACAUGACGCCCUCCCAAUCCUCCAAUAUAGUUCACUGGGCAGCAGAAACCUUCCACACCGCCAUGUUCAUCAACUACGAGCAGGUAAACAUGAGCGAUCGGUUUGGCCAGGUGAUGAUCGAAAACCUGCUGCGUCGCCAGUGCACCCUGUCAGGAGUGGAGGCCUGCCAGUCUCUGGACUCUCAGAAGGAGCGGUUCCUGAAGACGGGCUGGGAGCAUGCUGAUGCUCUGGACAUGAUGACCGUCUACAGUAUGCUGCCUCAGGAUGACGUGGCGAGAAUUGAGAGCCUUGAGUUCCUGGAUGAGAGGGAGCUUUUACAACAGCUGCUUCAACACUACAGCAUCUGCUGGGCCACCAAGGACAGGCUCAAUCUGGGUCUGUCGCAGUUGGGAUUUUGAGCAUUGAACCGCUUCUCUGUUGGACUUGCUUUCACAUGUGCGUGCGCCAAAAUCAACAACUGGAGAAGAUGUGUAAAAGGGAGUAAUUGAGGAAAAACCCAUUCUCCAUCAAGCCCUCGACCUGGAGCUGUUCCGUUGUGAAAACUUCCCGUGUCAGCAGAAUUGCCAUUUAAUGAGCGUCCUUCUGUGACCCAGAGUUACGGUCAUGUUGAGAGCUGUGGUGACGACUGAGACUUAAAGUUUGCUUUAUUCAUUAAAGAAUGUAUGAAGUUUGAAGAAUUUAAAAUGUUCAAUCUGUCUCAUCUGCUAUGUGUCAUUUUGAUGUUUUUUUUUUUUUUAAAUGAAUUGUUCUUGCCAGACUCAUUGUUUUUACAAAACACACACGUCAUAGAACAAGUGUCUAAUAGCAAGGCGUCCAUUACAUGGUUACUUAACGUUUGCCUGUAAAAUGUUUUCCAAGAAGACAUUACAGAUUAGUUCGUGACUACUUUGAGGAAUGUGGAAAGUACAGUUGAAUAAAUCUUUCCUUUUGAAUAAGACAGUGUAGCUCUGAUCAUUUAUGUGCUCUGUUGUUAUGAACUUAUCACUUUAUUAUCAGCAGUGAGAGGAACAAGCUAAUGACAGAAGAUUCUCCAUUUUUAAAGACAUUAAGCUUAAUCGUGAUUAACAUCUACAAGUUUAUGAGGGGUUUUGUACUUAGCUAAUUUGGCUCUCAUAAGCGCUAUGCUAAAUAGCUGUAAUUAGCAUUAAGCAGCUAAAGAGGCAGAUAUCCCCCUCAGGUUAGGGGAGGUAGUGGACUUAAAUUGAUCAGGGAGCAAGAAUAAACGUGUCAAAUUGAACAUAGGUUGUUUCAAACUUUCUGGACAGGGACGUGUUUGUUAAAGAAACAACACUGGAAUGCACAUUUCAAGACUUCACAUUUCAGUUAUUGAACUUUGGCAGCCAUCUGAUCGCUGAUAAUAAAAACACAUGGGGGAAAGUUGUCAGGGUCCCAGGAUCACUAACAUUAUGAGGGGUCAUCUCGACAGUUCAAAUUGCAUAAGACACUGGAAGGUGGAUGUUGUAAAUGAUGCUUGAAUGGUAAAAAACUUGUUUAGCUGCUGCCCGUUUGAGAGGUGUCAUAGACCAUCACAUCAGUGGGUUAAAGCUGUAGAUUUCAUGGUGAAUUCAUGAAAAAUAAAAAAUGGUAACAAAGGA